GGACCGCGCCGCGUCGGGAGGCAACGGAGAGGCCGGGGAGCGGCGCAGGAGGAUGGAGGGUGGAGAGCGGCUCCUCCCCAAAGGCUUCCCCAAGCUGAAGAACGACACGUUCUUGCGGGCAGCACGCGGGGAGGAGACAGAGUACACCCCGGUGUGGUGCAUGCGGCAGGCGGGGCGGUACCUGCCAGAGUUUCGGGAGACACGGGCGUCACAAGAUUUCUUUGCCACUUGCCAGAGCCCCAAACUGUGCUGUGAGCUGACACUGCAGCCACUAAGACGAUUCCCCCUGGAUGCUGCCAUCAUCUUCUCUGACAUCUUGGUGGUGCCCCAGGCACUGGGCAUGGAGGUUGUCAUGGUCUCUGGCAAAGGACCCGUGUUCACAGAGCCCCUGAAGGAAGUGGAGGAUCUUCUGAAACUGCGACAGAAGGUGGAUGUCACCGCAGAGCUGGGUUAUGUCUUCCAGGCCAUCACGCUGACACGACACACCCUGGAGGGCAAGGUGCCCCUCAUUGGCUUCUCGGGAGCACCAUGGACGCUCAUGUCCUACAUGAUUGAAGGUGGUGGCUCCACUACAAUGGCCAAGGCCAAGAGCUGGCUCUAUCGUCACCCUGAGGCAAGCCACCGGCUGCUACGGCUGCUGGCCGACGUCAUCAUUGACUACCUGGUGGGGCAGGUGGCUGCUGGAGCACAGGCGCUCCAGGUGUUUGAGUCCCAUGCAGGGCACCUGGGCCCAGAGCUGUUUCAGGACUUUGCCCUGCCUUACAUCCGAGACAUUGCCCAGGCUGUCAAGAGCAAACUGAAGGAGGAGGCACUGCCCCUGGUGCCCAUGAUCAUCUUUGCCAAGGAUGCGCACUAUGCCCUGCGCGACCUGGCCCAUGCUGGUUACGAGGUUGUUGGUCUCGACUGGACCAUCCGGCCCCAGGAAGCUCGUGCACAGACAGGAAAAGAUGUCACCCUGCAAGGGAACCUGGAUCCGUGUGCUCUCUAUGCACCCAAGGAGAAGAUUGGCGAGCUGGUGAAGAAGAUGCUGGACAGUUUUGGGACCCAACGCUAUAUUGCCAAUCUGGGCCACGGUCUCUACCCUGACAUGAACCCUGAACACGUGGGUGCCUUUGUGGAAGCUGUGCAUGCUCAUUCCCGUCACAUCAACAAGCACAGCUGACCCUGGGGUCUUGGGGACAGGACUCUGGUUGGGGCACAGACACCUCUGUUGUCACAGGGCUCACUCUAGGCUGGACUGCAGCAUUAAACCAGAACCUUCUCUGCA